GUGAUGUUCCUUCAUCCAUGCGGAUAUGUCUGAGAGACACUGUGAUAUUCGUGCAGAGAUUGAGUGAUCAUCUGGUGAGAACGACAGGUAUAGCUGAGUGUCAAUAACAAUAGCAAAAUGAGCUGUUUGGCAUUUGCAGAGAAUAUGUGGCAAAUUUUUCAUGGUCACAACAUUUGUAGGGUGAGCAUGCUUACCCCACAAAUGCAUUUCCCUUAUAAAUGUGGCUCAAUUUAAAAGGAAAAUGUAUAGGCUAUCUAACGGUAUAAGAUGUAUUGCUAAUAUUUAUGGUUACAAAAAAGAAGUAAUCUACGAAUGGCACAUUUCCUGAUUUUUGUGCUAUGUUUAUUUUGUGUGUACUAGGGUUACUACCUAACUCAGGGGUUCUUUGGAAUUGAGGGACUUUUAUUUUGAAGUCGCGUGUCCGCUGCUUGAUGUGUUGGGCUCGUGCUUUCCCAGUCAGCUCGCGGUGACCUCUGACAGAGCGCGCGCUCGCUCGCUCGCUGGCUCACGGGGCUGGAGGGGCUGGAGCUGCAGGCUGGGCUGAGCGCCGCGGCGGCGGGGAGAUGAGAGCGAGAGCCGGUCUGACGGCGGCGUCCUGCGUCCUUCCAGCCGCCGGAGGAGCGUGACUCCCGGGGUCUGAGAGCAGUGACUCCCGCUCUGUGACUGAGCCGCUGCUGGAGUGUGGAUUUAACCCUGGGUGCUUUGGACAGAGAGGCUGGAGCCGGGAUGUUGCAGUGAAGAUCACACAGCUGUGUUUAACCAGGUGUAUAAUCAGAGAUCAACAGAUGUACAGCUACAUGGAGACCCGACUUCUUCACCCAGGUACCCUCUGAGGAUCGGGAGAGAGUGAGGAUGCUGGGGGAGGGGAGAGGAGUAGUGGAGGAAUGGCUUUCAGAAUUCAAGACAUUACCUGAGUCACAGUUCUCCAGCUAUGCAAGCACACUCCAUCAGAAGAAGAAUCUGGUGCCAGCCCUCUACAGAGUCAUCCAGGACCCCAACAGUGAGCUCUUGGAGCCUGUGUGCCAUCAGCUGUUUGAACUGUACAGGAACUCUGAGGACAGACUGCGGCGCUUCACCCUGCAGUUCUUGCCCGAGCUGGUGUGGAUGUACUUACGCCUGACAGCCAGCAGGAACCGCCAGAGCAAUGGCUGCAUAGAGGCACUGCUGCUGGGCAUCUACAACCUGGAGAUUGUGGACAAAGAAGGAAACAGCAAGCUGUUGUCAUUCACCAUUCCAUCACUGUCCAAACCAUCUGUAUUUCAUGAGCCCUCCAGUCUGGGUUCCAUGGCUCUAACAGAGGGAGCUCUGUGUCAGCAUGAUCUGAUCAGAGUGGUGUACAGUGGCCUUCAUCCUCAGAGAGAGACUUUUACUGCACAGAACAGGUUUGAGGUGCUGUGUUUCCUGAUGUUGUGUUAUAACUCAGCUGUGGUGUACAUGCCUGCUUCCUCCUACCAAGCCGCGUGCCGCAUGAGCUCACGGCUGAGUGUGUGUGGGUUUCCACGCCAACAGCAGAAGGUGUGGCAUGAGCCGAGUAACCGUGUGGUGUUGGACCCUGAGUUCAUGGUGCAGAUGCUCACUGCCGUCUAUCAUGCCACUUAUAAUGGGGAAUGGGACCUGGGGAGAGAAGCGCUGGAUGACAUUUUGUACAGAGCCCAGCUGGAGCUCUAUUCUGAACCACUGCUGUUGGGGAACGCAAUGAAGAACUCCUUACCGGUCAGCGCUCCGGAUGGCUCCCGUGGAAAGAAGGUCCUGCAGGUGGAGGUCACGCCCACCAUAAGUAGAAUCUCACGCUCAGCUAUCACUGCUGCAUCCAUCCGAAGACUCCGCUGGAAGAGAGAAGAUUGUUUUGACUUCUCAACCGAAGCAGAGUUCAGCCUCACCGUCCAUUCCAGUCGCCACGCCCCCAAGGACCCGGCAGCCAAUUCCAUGCAAGGAGGGAGGGGCAUACUCACGGUCACAAACGAGGAUGCAGACGGCAUGAGUGGAGGCGAGGAGUCCUUCAACCUCAACGACCCUGACGAAGGUUUCUCCUCGGGUGCAUCCAACAGCAGCCAGCCCAGUGGAGGUAAGCCGGGGAGCAGUGGAGGGGGGCGUGCUGGCAGCCAGAAGAGCUCUAAGAAGAACAGCAUUAGUCGCUCAACCCGGGAGAGGGAGCGGGAAGCCUCCGUAGAGAAGCAUAAAGAGCCAUUAGUGGACGUUCAACCGGCUCCGAGAAAACAUCAGCAGCUGCAGCAGAGGCCACAGUCCCCCCCACCCAUCAUCACUCUGGACUCUAUUGAACUGAGUCCCUUUAAGAAGCAGCAGAGCUUCUCCGUGGGGGGAGGAGCCGUGCUGACUCGGACAGCUAGUGCCUCGUCUAGCAUGAACGCAGGACGGAGUGCGUCUCGGGAUGGAGCUGGAGCCGGAGCCGGGUCUCUAGACCUUGAGGAAGGGACGGCCAUGGCUGGACAUUCGGGCUCUGGACGGGGAUCCCACCGUCACUCCAACCUAAGCCUAAAGGAGGAGCACCUGGUGCGGCCUGAGGAGAGCAAAGAGCUGCUAUCUCCUGGAGCUCCUCUCACCAAGCAGUCGCGCUCACCUAGCUUCAACAUGCAGAUCAUAUCACAGGUGUAGCCCACCUGGCUGCCCACCUAGAGUCACUGUCUCUUUGCCUUUGUCUUGUUGUUUCUCUCUUUUUUCCGUUUCUUUUUUUUUUUUUUAUCUAGCGCCCUUAUUAGUCAAUGGCAUCUUAUCAGGGAGUGAUGGUUAACCAUUAAUGGGAGUAACCUUAUUCAGUCUGAUCUCCAUCAGUCUGAUCUUCAAUAUCUAUAGUAUACAGGCUUAUUACCAUGGACCACUGAAACACCUGCCCAAUGGUGUGUUUUAUAAGUGUGUUUUUAGUCAAUGUUUCUUUUCUGUUCUUUUCUAAGUACAAAGACACAAGUCAAACUGAUUGUCCAUGGUAGCUGACAAUUUGGUAAUGAAGCUGUAAGUGGAGAUUAUAUUGGAAAAAAAACAUUUGUUUAAUAUUUCUUUAAAAUGUGUGCUAACAUCAGCCGUAACAUUAGUGCCACUGAAAUAUAAGGUAAAAAAAUAAAUAAAAACAUUGACUGUCUUCAUCUUCACUGGCAACUGUUAAUGGAUGGGAUCUAUUAGACUGCAAGUGAACAGUUAGAUUUAAAAUUCGAUCUGCUAAAUUCAGGAAAAAUAGUCAAACUUAACAAUUUAAGACACUUUCACUGCAAGAACUAACUUAUGAUGACUAGAUGAUCGAGUCAUAACAUCUCCAAACCAACGAGCAGGUCUUGUCCUAGUAUGUAGUGUUCAGUACCUACCAAAAGUGGUACAAUAAAGAAAACCACUGAAUUUGUCACAGGGUCAUGAGCACCUUAGGCUCAUUGAUCUGAUUCAUGAAGGUCCCACCUCACUUCUUACAUAAGAACUUACAGAACCUGCUGGAUCUUAAAGGAUCUGCUGCUAACAGGACACAGGACACUACUUUCCCUAGUCUUGUGGAGUGCAUUCCUCAAAGGGACAGAUGUGUUGGGGGCAUUAUUCAGCAUUAAGCACGUGGUACUAAUGUUAUGGCUGAUUUGUGUGUAAUCUCUUUAAACCCCUAGGCCCCACAUAUAUACAGUAGGCCCACAGUUCAGUUCCUCACUCUCAUAAAUACAUAACUUACAUAUUAGUCUCAUAGUAGCUACUGAGUAAUUAAUUUAAAAGUAGUAGUCAUUGUUAUGGAAGGACUGCUACAGUAGUAACUACUGAAUAUGCCUUAUUUUGUUUUUUUAAAUAAAUUAUUCAUUGUAAGUUAUUAAUUCCUCAGAUACUGCCAUGGAACAUCCAUGUAACGUCUGCAUUUAUGACUGUGAUGGAAUUAAGAAGGUUUUCACCAUCACAUUCUUAGAGUUUAAUGGAUAAAUUCCACUUUGUCUUUUUUAUUUUUAUUUUAUUAUUUAUUAUAUCUUCUUGCUAUCUCCCACUCUUCUACUCUCUCUGUAUGUUUGUCUGUCCAUCUGUCUUUCUCUCUCAAACCAAACAAAGCAUUCCACUUAAGGCAGACCAACUCCUGACAUGGUGUUGGAAGCAAUGCCUGGUCUACACUGGUAAGGGGUCAGAGUCCAGCAUCUCCACUGUGAGGCUGAAUAAAGCUGGGGAGAGGGCAGUUUGACUGUAGUGCGUCAAUGACAAUACUGCCUUAAGCAUUCUCUGUAAGUGCUUAACAAAAAACAAAGCAUGCUAGCUAGCUCGAUUUUAAACUGUACACUGAAUGACCAAAAUAGUUGAUCAUCUUGAAUGCCAGCCGGCAUGUAAAAAGUUAAUUCUCUGCAUUAUCGUAAAGAAAUAUAUUUUUAUUAGCAGUGGAGAUUAUAGGCAGCAGGUGAUGUGGUGAGCAGCUUGACUCACUCUAGAUCUAAAGGUGCUACAAAGGGUUGUUUGUGAUAUUCUAUAGAAGAAUCACUUUUGGUUCCAUAAAAAAAUAUUUUUUGUAAAGGGAUAUAAAUUAUAUCAUAGAAAUAUUCAGACAGCCACUUUUUUAUUCUUUCCUGUCUGCUUUUGUUGGAUUAACUCUCUUUACUGUUUAGGGAAGGUCAGGAUGUUGGAUGAUCACUUUUUACCACAUCCCCAACUCCCCAGUUUAUCCCAGAUGUAUCAGAUGGAGCUCCAUCAUUCCAGAAAACCCAGUUCUACUGCUCCACAGCUCAGUGCUGGGGGGGUUUGUACCCCUCUAGCCCAUCUUCUAAUAGGUUUAUGUUUAUCUGCAAAAGAUUCCUAUUUCUUUGGCAAUACCUCUCUCCCUACAGGGAAUAGACAAGCUGUGUGUGUGCAUUUACACAUGCGUGUUAGCAAUGGGUGCAACCAUGCACCACAAAGUAGUUGAAUCAUUUAAUUAGAAGGGGUGUCCAGAAACACUGAACAUAUAAUGUAAGUAUAAAGAAACCUUUUAAGAUUUAAAGAAGUAAUUGUAAAGAUUCUUUACUAAUUUACCGCCUUCGCAAAAAAUAUAUUAUUUUUAUUUUAUUUUUAAGGAUGAGAAGUGGUUCUUCUAUGGCAUUGUUUUAAUAACACUGUGUAUAACCUUUAUUUAGAAGAGGUGUAGCCUGUGGAGACCAGGUAUAUUAUUUUGGGAAUUCAAAGAUUAGUUUACUCACAUAUUCUAUGUUUUGUAAGAAGUAAGCAAUAAAGCAAUGUGACAUCUGACAAGAUUCUACACAAUCACAGCAGUGUCUCGUCAUGCAUUUCUGCUGAACCCCCGGGUCAUGUGCAAUUUCUAUCAAGAUCUUCUAUAAUGUAAUUUCUGUUUUUCUCUUUUUUUGUGGCAUUUCAUUGCUGGGCUUUUAUUUAAAAUGUUUUUUUUUUUUAAACAUCAAGACACUGAAGAUAUUGAAUAGUAGUAGUUAUGAGUUAUUUCCAACCCUGAGUUUGAUUUGAAUGAUUUCUAAUGUUUUGAGUUAAUCAAAUAUAUGGUUUGAUUUACAUGGUUUGUUUUUAAACAAAUGUAUUUUGCUGAUUUCGAGCUGUUUUAGCAUUCUGUCUUAUUAUUUUGGUCUUCAGACAAAAAAGAAGCCAAGAAACUUGAGGAUAUUGCCAAUGUGUAAUCUGCUGAGCAUCAGACCCCUAAAGAGGGGAGAUGUCUGGGUCUGUGGAAAUAAGAAAAAAAAAAGUUGCUGACUCGACUGAUUUCACACUCAUACACUAUGAGAGCCUCAAAAGUUGACUAUAGCUGAGCAGGCAAACAACCUUUCUUACGACCUUACCUACGUCUUCAACCCUCAAGAGUGUGAUUCUGGUGUGCUGUAAUAAGCAUUCUGUAGUUAAAGACACAUGAUAAUACUGUAAUAGCUUUUAUCGUCUAGUAACGCCAUCAGAAGUCUCAGUGUAUGUUUGUAUGUGUCUGGUUUGGUGUGACUUCGUACUGUGUUCGUGCUGAGCUGUUAACAGGAGUCUGUGUGCUGCUGUUUCACAUCUGUAAUGAAAGGCAAUCGGACAAGGAUCCACAAUUCAUUAGCUCUACCUCAUCUCUUUCCGCUGGCCAUUUAAACACUGGACUCACAAUCACUUACAUGGUACAGUGAUGCAAUGUCAAAUACCCAUAUACAAAUUAGCAGUAUUAUAGAAACAUAAUAACCAUGGUUCUGCAGUCAUGCACAAUUUCUUUAAGGCAGUGAGUGAAUUUGGAUCUUGAGUCUUGCUGUUGUAUUGAAUGUUCGGGAGUUUUAUAGCAAACAUUGUUGCAUUUUGUUUUUCCCUUUUUCUUUUAUAAGGUGAAUGGCCAAAGAGGGUGACCAUAAUCGUAAGAAUAUAGGUUUUAGUUGUAUCAGAAUCUUAAACAGUCUGUAUACUUGAGGCACUUUUCAUGUUGUAAUUGUAAUUGAAUUUUUUUCAUCCACACGUUUUAGCGGGUUUAUAAAAUGUGCAUAAAAAUCUAAAGCAGAAAUCCUAAAAUUUGACAAAAACAUCUAAAUAUUACAAGAAUAUUUAUAUUCCAGGCUAAGGUGGAAAAUAUAUAAUCAAUAAAAUUUGUGUUAAGACAGUAAUGGAAAUGAUUCGAUUAAUCGAUUAAACAUGAUGAUAAUUGAACUGUAGUUCUUAAACCAAACAUUUGUCCCCACAACCCAAUACUACCCUGUACUCCUUAUAGUACCCUGUAAGUGUCCAGCAUAUGUCGUGCAUGUAAAAGUUAUUUAUUUUUUUUUUUUCAGCCAAAAUUUCAGAAUUGCACAUAAUUUUUGCAAAGAUUUGGAUGGACACACUGCUUGUGAUAGUUUAAAACUUUACUAAGAUGGUGGAAAAUUGGCAGGCUAGUUUGAAUGUUAGGACUCACAGGUACCGGUCAUCACAGUUUGAUUCUUCAUGAUGCAUCAUGAGAACAAAUCUGGAGUUCCAGUUUCUUCCAGAUUUAAAAUUUAUGGCUUUAAAAUUUUCAUAGAGAAUGUUUGUUCUGUUGAAUAAACUUGUGUCCAGCUAUGGUUCUUUUCCACCCACACAGCUACCCAUAUAUUUUUUCUUUUAGAUUUAUUUUGCUAAUAAAACAAAUCCCCAAUUUUUCUGUUGUAAGUAGCUGCUAUAAAGAUAUAAAGAUCUUGACUGUAGUGGGAACCUGUACCUAGUUGUGAGCCAGGCUGUAAAGGUGGCACAUGGAUCUGCAGAUGGUCAACAAUCCUGUAUGUUUUGCUUUAAUGUGUGUGAGACAUAUGUAGGGUGUAGUGUCACACUGCAGUAAUAAUGCUUAGCAGUCCCAUUUGUUGGUUAUUUUUUUAAGGUGGUUGGGGAGAGUUUCCUUGAAAUGUUGUAGCACAAAUAGCUUGUAAUGGAGGAUUAAGAUUUUAUGAUUUUAUUGAGUUUGGCAAAUGAUUUGAUAAACAGAACAAGUUAGUUAAAAUGCUUCUCUUUCUCUGUGAAGUGGACGACCACUGGUUUAUGCACUCCCUGCUUUACUGGUUUGGGGCCUACAUCAGAUAUUCUCAUUUCUCUGUCCUGGAGGCACCCUGUCACACUUGAUUUAAACAAAUCAAGUCAUUUACACACAUUUUUAGAUGUAAGAAAUUCUGGUCUAGACUGCUUACUGUCUGGGAAACAAUUAUUCCAGCUAGUUCUGAGAGUGCUUUACACUUUUUUUGCCAGUAGACAACUUCUCUACCAUCCUCUGAAGUGUAUACCCAUUUGUGACUUCCUGACUCCCACUGCUGGCCAUAUGGUUGAAUUACACCAUCAUCCGGUCCACUGAUCUUCAUCCCACCCUUUCAGAGAGAAGUGUGUUACUCUCUUUGUUCUCUCUUUUUUUUGAUCACAGCUAAUUGCAUGUAAUGCAUUUAGGCCUUGUUUUUUUUGUUUUGUUUUUUUCAUUCAAUGCACUUUAUCCAGUCUUUGUCUUUGCUGUAGUUCAUGUCUCACAGUAGAUGUGUGUGGGAGUGGGAGAAAACUCUUGCUGGGGGUGCAACACAACAGAGGUGAAAGCCGACUCCAACUAAAACCUACUGAUACAGUUCAUACAUUUUCCACCCAAGCCAAAUACACUGUACUGGAACAGCUCUCAGUAUGUUAAAAACAGUAUCAGUACAUUUCUGUACCUUCCCUAGACUCAACAGUUGCCCCAGUUUCAGUGCAAAUCGAUUCUAUGCAAUGUUUUUUGUUGGUUUAUUUGUUUUGCUUCCUCUCAUAGUGGAUCAAAAAUCAGAUUAUUUGGUAACUGGCUUGAUUAACUGGAUUGUUGAUCUCAGAUUGCUGGUCUGCUUGUCCUCAGGUCUUUCAUUGAGGAACUACAUUGGAGUUGCUGCUGUUUUAACUGAAUUAUUUUAAAUCAGGUGCAAGACAAGAGGUGAAAAGAGUUUCUUUAUGAUAGUCUAUAUGCCAUACUGUAUGUGUGUCUGUGUGUAAGAGAAUAUAUUAAAGCCUCACCGUGGUGAGUAAUGACUGAGUCAGGUGGAUCUCCUCAGAGCUGUGGAAGAUAUGCCCGAGGCCUUAGGAGUCUUGGGUCUCCCUCAAACAGCAUCACACAGUUAUGCAAGCAUAUAGAGUAAAUGGAAAAUGUGUACAGAGGGUUUUAGACAGAAAGAAAGUAGAGCUGUAACAAAGCAAUCUCAGAAGUGAAACACUGUACCAUUGAUGAUGUAAAUGAGAUUAUUAUUUUAAAUCCUUGUAAAUAAAACUGUACAAAAGAGUGAAAGCAAGAAAAUAUUAACUUAUCACUCUGCGAUGCAGAAACAAAAUGAAUCUGUAUAUUGGUGAAUAAAUCUUGUGCUGUAA